GGACCUGGACCAAAGGAGGACACUUCAACUUGAUCCAAACUAUGAGCCAAGCUAUGGUGAAAACUGUGGUUACGUAUAUUACAUGGACAACAAUGAAAUGAUUGGUGGUGCUGAUUGUCAAAGUUAUUACUUUUUCAUCUGUGACCAUUCCUAUUUUAACCCUGAGUCAAAAACCUGGUCUGAAGCCCGGGAUUCCUGCCAGCGUACAAAUUUGGCGAAUUACAAUGAUCAAGGCGACGUAAAAAGAAACGUUAAUCAACAGGAUUUUCCGGUCUGGAUUGGACUGUACAGAGAAGGGGAAACAUGGAACUGGAGUGCAGGCGUGUCAGACUACACAAACUGGGUCCCUCAUGAGCCCAUGAACAACGGUGACUGUGUCACCAUCUCCUCUCUCAGUAAACAGACGGCUACCCACAACUGCUCAGAUCGGUUUCCCUUCAUCUGCUAUGGGGACAACCUGCUACUGGUAAAUGAGAAUAAGACUUGGGAGGAGGCUCUGGAGUACUGCCGAGCCCUCAGUUACGAAUUGGUAAGCGUGCAGCCUGAAGACUACGACUAUAUGAGGAGCAGGGUGAUGGAGGCUAACACUGAGGAGGUGUGGACAGGUCUGCGUUUCCUGGCUGGUGAAUGGCUGUGGGUGAAUGGAGCAGAUAUGAUGUACUCUGACCUGCCCCUCUGCCCUCCGAUGGUACAGCACUGUGGAACCUUAUCCAAGAGUGGCACAGGCAGUAUGGAGAUCAGAGAUUGCGCAGAGAGAAGAAACUUUCUGUGUUACUGGAUGUAACCUGAUGACAUCACUGCCAUCAUCGGUAUCCUGGUGAUCACUGCUUGCGUGCCUUCCAGCUC